CUUAAACUGGUGAGAUCGAUUAGGAAUCCGUACCUUUAACAGCUCAUCAUUGUAUGCCUUUUCCUCGGGUUUCGCUGAGGCGGCGUUGUUUUCUUUCAACACUUUACUAGUCAGAAUUGACUUACUUUCCUUCUCCGUUUUCCUCUUCUUUUCCUCUGUCUGGAAGUCUACUCUCCUCUGCGACCCGGAAGCUCUCUUCGAUCCGUAACUAUGUAGCUGUUACUCUUUGUGUUGUCCUUUAGAGGUUCUUUUGUGCUUCCCCUCGUCAAUUCGAGUACUGCUCUCAUUCUAGUGUUGGUGGUGUAUAAUCCGUUCAAGCGAAACGCCGGUGAAGGAUUUCCCCCGCAAUCGACAAACAUGCAAUCUGGGUUUGAUAUUAAUGAGUUGGUUCAAGAAGCUCAAAACCGCUGGUUGAAGCCCGCUGAAGUACUCUUUAUUCUACAAAAUCAUGAGAAUCAUCAGAUCAUGGAGGAGGCCCCUCAGAACCCAUCUAGUGGGUCUUUGUUCCUCUUCAACAAGAGGGUCCUUCGAUUUUUUCGUAGAGAUGGUCAUACGUGGCGAAAAAAAAAGGAUGGGAGAACUGUUGGGGAAGCACAUGAACGGCUUAAGGUUGGGAAUGCUGAAGCUUUGAAUUGUUAUUAUGCACAUGGAGAUCAAAAUCCCAGUUUUCAGAGGCGAAGCUAUUGGAUGCUUGAUCCUUGUAGAAUUGUUAAAAGGGCUUCUAGAUAA